AUGAGUGAUCAGCGGGUGGACAGGUUGGCUGAAAAGGUUGAUCAACUUUCCUCACAAGUGGCUGAUUUGGCGGGUGCAGUCCAAGCCCUUUCUUUGGCUGUUGCUACGCAGGUCCAAGGCCAAUCUGUGAUUUCAGGUCCACCCUGCACAUCCUACCAAGUUGUGUCCUCUGCUGCCUCUGCUGCGUCUGAACCAGUUCAGACCUCAGAGCGAUCCUUCUCUAGCAACGGCGAAUACAACAGCUUGGCCGCUGAGAUCCCUUCAGUGCCUGAUUUUUGCGUAUCUCUUUGUGGUUCCCUUCGAGGAGGUUCACUUUCCUUUAGAGAGAGAGCAGCCCGAGCUUGGGAGUCUGGCUGGUGGGCGAGGUUCACAUUGGCAGGAAGAAUUUCAAAGCCAAGGCCUUCGAAGGCUUGUGACGUGCGCAACACCAUCUACGUGGUCCUCAAGGCGGAAGGAUAUACCUGUCCUCUCUACGUGUCAAGCAAAAGUCUACGCCUUGGGUGCAGGAGUCACCUUGCCGAGCGCACCUUUGCAAUGGAGCUCUCCGGCGUGAAUGCAAUUCAAGAAGGGUUUCAAGAAGUCUAUCAGCUAGCGUGGCCAGUGGAAGCUGGGGGGGAGGAUGCCCACCUCAGCCUAUGCAUGGUGAUUAUGAAGAGAGAGGGCGGUGUUUUGCUGGCGGUUCCUUCAGGUUUCAUCCCUCCAGAGGCUUUGCAGCUUGCCUCAAGUCACGAUGGAGGAGCACUUUUGGGUCCCCAUACAGUUUUAUCUGUGCCAGGAGUUUUGUUGGAUGGAGAUGUAUCCCACACUACUGGAGAGGACCUAGAUGUUCAAGUGGUGGACGCAAGUUUGGCUAUUUUGGAUGGCCUCUCUCACUUGCCAGAUGGAGGGGUCGAGGAGGAUGCGGCAAUCAUUGCUUUUUCUACGGAGUUUCAAGUUGUGCCAGACCCAGCCACGCUCCUGAGGUUUGCAAAGGAGUGGCUCGCAGUUGCGGGGCCAGGCAGGUCAGUGUUUUACUCUGCGGUAGAGGAGUUCGAGCAGGCAGAUCCUCAAAAUGCGGCUGCGAAGGAGGGCAAGGCCAAGGCCCCAAAGGCAAAGGCAGCAGAAAAGGCAAAAAGGGCGUCAGCUCAACAGGUUGCGGAGCAGAUCCAGCACUUGUCCAAGAUGAUGCCCAUCAUCACGACCGCUUUGACUUCAAUUCAAGAGGAGCAGAAGCGGCUUCAACAGGUUGUGGAGGGCGCAGCAAUGUCUCCCCCCCCUCGGCCUACGCAAGUGCCGGUUUCUAUGAGCAUGCAGCAGUUUGCCAAGUUGAUGGGGCCGCCUCCGAAAGUGAGAGGGACUGCCCUGGCCUCUCCGCCUCCCAAGAAGGCACAGAUGCCAGCUGCAUCGAUGAACUUAGAUGUGGCGGGACAGGAAGAAGGUCAGCAGGUGGAGGAGGAAGAGGCUCUGGGGAGAGGAGACAGCCUUGCCUUGGCAGUUUUGGAGCAGAGCAGGGCUCUCACCAGCCUUGUGACACAUAUCCAAGCAGGAGGAGACCCACUGUUGGACCAUCACCUGACAGGAGUCUCUUCCACGACAAAGGGGGCCCAAGGCAGGGAGAAGCUUCAGCAGGAGCUAGCAGCGCGCAGCGGAGGUUUUUGUCUCGCUGUUGCCCAGAAUGCGUUCAAGCGGCUGAGACCGGCAUCCAAAGUUCCCAGCACCCUGGAAGAGAUCUCCGCAACAGACUUUUCAAUGCUGACCUACCUGGAGCGUUUUGGAGGUUACGGAAAUUCCAGAGAUCUGGGAUUGAUGCAGUAUGCCCUCAGCUUUGUUUUGGACUGUGCCAUCAGAGGAGAUCUAGACGGGGUCCGAGAGCAUGCGGCUCUGAUGGCAGUGGGCCUGGAGCAGGCGGCACAGGAUCAGGGACGGUGGGACUUAGGCUUCCAACUCAUGUUGCUGGAGGACCCACCGACGCAGAUGUGGUCAUACAGGGGGGGGGCUUCCCAACUCGGCAGGGUGAGGGCCUUCUCACCCUUGUGCCCUCAGAAGUGGGCGACCAUUGCCCUUGCCUAUGCGAAAGAAAUCGAUUUUAUACAGGCAAGGAGAGUGGACCUUCAAAAGAGGCCUCCCGCUCAGCCACCUGCAGCUGUUCCAGCCUCUCCCAAAAAGAAAUGGGGGGGGGGAAAGUCCAAAGCAAAAGGCACAGGAGGAGGAUCAACGCCGCAGUCAGCAGAGGCAGAGCAGGCUUGA